UUGGAGCUUCUCUAUUCAAGGGGCAUGCCUUCAGAUUUUAAAGAGAGGCCCUGAACAUAUUACCAUUAGAGGGUGCCUGGGGAGAUCUUCUAAGGCUACCUCCAGUGGAUUACCAGACUACAGCUUUGGGAGGGAUGUAUCUUGCCAGCCCAAUCAGGGCCAAGAGCCAGAGUCUUUGCUCAGACACCUACCUGUCCAAACUUCUAGACGGCCUCAGGAAUCUGCGCACGAGGAACAUCCUGUGCGAUGUCACACUGGAGGCAGAGGGUGUCUCUUUCUCUGCACACAAAGUCAUUCUGGCUGCAGCCAGCAACUACUGCAAGAUGCAGUUUUCCGGAGAUGCUGCAAGUCACAGGAGUCACAUCAAGCUGUCACGCGUCACUGCCCAGGGCCUGCAAAAUAUCCUGUCCUUUGUCUACUCCAACAAGCUGGAGCUGACACUCCAGAAUGUCGAGGAGACCUUCCAGGCAGCAGAGGUGCUGCUGGUGCGCGAUGUGAUGUGCUUGUGCUUCCGGUUUCUGGAUGAGGGCUUGGAUCAGCACACCUGCCUAGAAGUCCUCGAGAUCGCAAAGAGGCUUGGACCGAAAGAGUUGAGGCAGAAAGCCAUGAGCUGCGUGAGUCAGCACUGCAGCUACAUUCUGGCAGAUCCUCCACGGCUGCAGGAGCUGGAUGCAGCUACUCUGUGUGAGAUCUUAGACACUGCAGAUGCCAAGGACCUCAGUGAGCUGGAACUGUUCCACGCAGCUGAAUGCUGGCUGCGCCACAACAACACACACCUGAAAGAUGCAGCCGAGGUUUUGCAGCACAUUCGGUUUCCCCUCAUACCUCUCCAUGACCUGCAGAAGUUUGUCCAGGACGUGCCCUUCAUGAAGACAGAACCCACUUGCCGCCAGUACCUCCAGGAGGCCUUGGACUAUCACUCCCAGCUGCAUGCUCAGCCGACUCUGCAGAGUGAGCGAACCAAGGUCCGUGCCGGCGUUGACAUGCUGGUUGUCCUUGGUGGCAGAUCUGUGGACAACACCAUCUGUGGCAGCAUGUGGGCUGCUGAUCGGAACUGCCUUUUGUGGAAGAAGAUUGGGGAACUCCACAGGCCCGUAUACAACCACUGCGUUGCUGUGAUUGAAGGCUUUGUCUUUGUGAUGGGGGGCCAGGACAGGUUUGACCCUACAGGACAAUGUCCUUCAAACCAGGUGUUCAGGUUUGACCCACGACACGGCAGCUGGCUCCAAGCGGCGAGCAUGCUGGGGCGGCGCACUCGCUUCCACGCAGGGGUGCUGAACGACUGCCUCGUGGCUGUGGGCGGGGGGGGCCUGCUGGGGACGCUCACCGACACGGCAGAGGAGUACCAGCCAGCUGAGAACAAGUGGAAGCCCAUCACACCGUUCCCAGUGCCCGUGGCAGACCAUGCAGGGGCCACCCACAAGGGGAUCCUCUACGUCUCAGGGGGAUUCGCCGCUGGCAAACCUUUAUGCGACACAUACAGCUAUCUCUCCCGCCUGCGUCGCUGGGUCAGGAACCAGCCAAUGACUUUUGCCCGGUGCGACCACGGAAUGGCAAUUGCUGGAGACAGAAUCUUCUGCAUAGGAGGAAGGGCCCUGGCAAACGCUCAGGAAUGGGUUCCUGUGAACGAGACGGAGUGCUACUGCCCGGUCGCUGACCAGUGGACCCUGCUCAGCCUCUCGCCCUUCGACCUUUGUCAGUUUGGUCUCGCUGUCCAUGAGCAGCAGCUGUACAUCACGGGGGGUGGGUCAGUGAGACGGAAGAGGAAAGAGGAUGGCGUCUACAUCUGCAACCCUGGAGGGAAAGUGUGGGAAAAGGCGGGCUCCUUGCCCAAGGCUUUGGUGGAUCAUGCCUCUUUCUUUGUUCAGCUGCCGCGUCACCUGGUCACAGGUGAGCAGCAGCAGCAGCAGAAUAGAGAGGGGCCUUCAGAUGCUGGCAAGAAGAAAUCCACCCUCAACCUGUACAUCACUAGCAAGACUUCAUCCCAGCCAGCUCUUUAGGCAGAGAAAGAGGCUUUGGGGGAGAUCUCUGGCAGAAGCCCCACUGAAAUGAAUGGAAGAUUUUUCCAAGCCUGUGGCCACAUUCAGAUGGCCUCCCGAUCCAUGGCCUGGAUGAUUGGGAAUGAGCCUCAGGUUAGUAUACUCCAUCCUCCACAUAUGAGGGGAGGAGAUUAGAAUCUCCCAGUAGCUUACCAGUCUGUCUAAAUGUGGCAGAUGAUACGUUUGAGAAAACCAUAGUUUGCCUGUAAGGCAGAAUCCAGAGACAUGCUUUUAUCCCGGCUUGGAAUCCUGCCUUUAUGUGCAAACCAAAAGCAGAAAUGUCUAACCUUCCUUUGUGCACUGAAGAAAGGCUAGAGGGAGGUGA